CAAAACAGAGGGUCAGUUCCACAGCAACAUGGAGGAGCUCCAAGGUCUUGUAGCCAAGCUGGACCCACUCAUCAAGCCAGCUGGAAGGGAAGAGCUAGCCCAGAAGAUGGCUUCCCUGGAAAGAAGGAGUCAGAGGGUCUUCCAGGACUCCCAUGCCCAGCAGGACCUCCUGCAAGAUGUACGGUUCAAUGGCAGGAGUACCAGAAAGCAAGGGAAGAGGUCAUCGAGUUGAUGAACGAUGCGGAGCAGAAGCUGUCUGAGUUUUCAUUGUUGAAGACUUCUUCCAGCCAGGAAGCUGAAGAAAAGUUGUCAAAACACAAGGCUUUAGUGUCUGUAGUUGACUCUUUCCAUGAGAAAAUUGUGGCCCUGGAGGAAAAGGCAUCACAUCUAGAGAAAACCGGAAAUGAUGCGAGCAAAGCGACCCUAAGCAGGUCGAUGACCACUGCCUGGCAGCGCUGGACGCGUCUCCGUGCUGUGGCCCAGGACCAGGAGAAGAUACUGAAGGAUGCAAUAGAUGAGUGGAAGGGCUUGAGCGAUAAGAUUAAAGAAACCACCGAGAAGAUUGAUCAGCUGCAAGGUAAAUUACCUGGGAGUUCGCCAGAAAAAGCCUCAAAAGCAGAGCUCACGGCCCUCCUUGAGUGCCAGGACACGUGUUUGUUGGAGCUGGAGCAACAGCAGCAGGCCUUAGGCGUGCUUCAACAGCGAGCGCUGAGCAUGCUGCAAGACGGAGCCCUCCCCGGUGCGGGAGAAGAGGUGCCCAUCCUGCAGGAAAUCACCGCCAUGCAGGAUCAGUGUCUCAACAUGCAAGACAAAGUGAAGAGUCACGGCAAACUGGUGAAGCAGGAGCUCCAGGAGCGAGAAGCCGUGGAGACGCAAAUCAAUUCUGUGAAGUCUUGGGUUCAAGAAACAAAGGAAUACUUAGGGAAUCCGACAAUAGAGAUAGACACACAACUGGAAGAACUGAAGACCCUCCUGGCUGAAGCCACAAGCCACCGAGAGAGCAUCGAGAAAAUUGCAGAAGAACAGAAGAAUAAGUACUUGGGUCUUUACACUAUAUUACCAUCUGAAAUCUCCCUCCAGCUAGCUGAAGCUGCGCUGGACCUAAAGAUCCAUGAUCAGAUCCAAGAGAAGAUACAGGAAAUCGAGCAGGGCAAGGCCACCAGCCAGGAGUUCGCGCAGAUCCAGAAGGUGGCCAAAGAUCUCACCACCAUUCUAACAAAGCUGAAAGCCAAAACCGACAAUCUCGUUCAAGCUAAGACUGACCAGAAGAUGCUGGGAGAAGAAUUAGAUGGCUGUAAUUCAAAGUUAAUGGAAUUGGAUGCUGCUGUACAAACAUUCUCAGAACAGCACGGUCAGCUGGGCAAGCCAUUGGCCAAGAAGAUAGGAAAGCUGAUGGAACUCCACCAGCAAACUAUCAGGCAGGCUGAGAACCGGCUAUCCAAACUCAACCAGGCGUCAUCACACUUAGAAGAAUACAAUGAAAUGCUUGAGUCCAUUCUGAAGUGGAUUGAGAAAGCUAAAGUCUUGGUGCAUGGAAACAUCGCAUGGAAUUCUGCAAGCCAACUCCGAGAACAGUACAUCUUACACCAGACGCUGCUAGAAGAGUCUGAAGAAAUUGACAGUGACCUGGAAGCAAUGGCAGAGAGAGUGCAAUACCUUGCCAACGUGUACUGCACAGAAAAAAUGUCACAGCAAGCGGCACAGUCAGGACGGGAGACCGAGGAGUUACGGCAGAUGAUCAGAGUUCGUUUGCAGAGUCUCCAAGAUGCAGCCAAGGAUAUGAAAAGGUUUGAAGGAGAGCUGAGAAAUUUACAGGCGGCUUUGGAACAAGCCCAGACAAUUCUGACUUCCCCAGAGGUGGGGCGCCUUAGUCUCAAGGAGCAACUGUCCCAUCGACAGCAUCUGCUGUCAGAGAUGGAGUCACUGAAGCCCAAGGUACAGGCCGUGCAGCUCUGCCAGAGUGCUCUCCGGAUCCCCGAGGACGUGGUCGCCAGCUUGCCUCUGUGCCACGCUGCCCUGCGGCUGCAGGAGGAAGCCAGCCAGCUGCAGCACACGGCCAUCCAGCAGUACAACAUCAUGCAGGAGGCAGUGGUACAGUAUGAACAGUACGAACAGGAAAUGAAGCAUCUCCAGCAGCUGAUAGAAGAGGCUCACAGAGAGAUCGAAGACAAACCCGUGGCCACCAGUAACAUCCAGGAGCUGCAGGCACAGAUUUCUCGGCACGAGGAGCUGGCGCAGAAAAUCAAGGGCUACCAGGAGCAGAUCGCCUCUUUGAAUUCCAAAUGCAAGAUGCUGACCAUGAAAGCCAGGCACGCCACCAUGCUGCUGACCGUGACCGAGGUCGAGGGGCUGGCGGAAGGGACCGAGGACCUGGACCGUGAGCUCCUCCCCACACCUUCGGCCCACCCCUCCGUGGUCAUGAUGACUGCAGGUCGCUGUCACACUUUGCUGUCACCUGUCACUGAAGAGUCUGGGGAGGAGGGGACCAACAGUGAGAUUUCCUCUCCACCCGCCUGUCGUUCCCCGUCACCUGUGGCUAACACAGAGGCGUCUGUUAACCAGGACAUUGCGUACUACCAAGCCCUGUCUGCGGAGAGGCUGCAGACGGAUGCCGCCAGGAUCCCCCCCAGCGCCGCUGCAUCCCAAGAGUUGUAUGAGCCAGGACUGGAGCCCUCGGCGACUGCCAAGCUGGGUGACUUACAACGUUCCUGGGAAACCUUAAAGAAUGUGAUCAGCGAAAAGCAGCGGACCCUCUACGAAGCCUUGGAACGCCAGCAGAAGUACCAAGACUCUCUCCAGUCGGUCUCGACCAAAAUGGAGGCCAUGGAGACGAAGUUGAGCGAGAGCCUCCAGCCCGGCCGGAGUCCAGAAAGCCAGAUGGCUGAGCAUCAGUCUUCCCCACAGGCCCUGAUGGAUGAGGUGCAGAUGCUCCAAGAUGAGAUCAAUGGACUGCAGGCGUCUCUUGCAGAGGAGCUGGUGGCCGAGUCUCAGGAGUCGGACCCAGCGGAGCAGCUGGCCCUGCAGUCCACGCUCACUGUCCUGGCGGAACGGAUGUCCACCAUCAGGAUGAAGGCGGCUGGCAAGAGGCAGCUUUUGGAGGAGAAGCUAAAUGAUCAGCUGGAAGAGCAGAGACAGGAGCAGGCUCUGCAGAGGUACCGCUGUGAGGCGGAUGAGCUGGACCACUGGCUGCUGAACACGAAGGCCACCUUGGAUGUCGCACUUGGUACACCCCAGGAGCCCAUGGACAUGGACGCCCAGCUGGUGGACUGCCAGAACAUGCUCGCGGAAAUCGAACAGAAAGUGGUGGUCCUGUCCCAGCUGUCCGUGCACAACGAGAACCUCUUGUUGGAGGGCAAGGCGCACACAAAGGACGAGGCAGAGCAGCUGGCAGCCAAGCUGAGGGUGCUCAAAGGGAGUCUCUUGGAGCUGCAGAGGGCCCUGCAUGACAGACAGCUCAACAUGCAGCAGGGAGCCACACAGGAGAAAGAGGAGAGCGAUGUUGACCUCACAGCCGCGCAGAGCCCUGGCGUACAGGAAUGGCUGGCCCAGGCCCGCACCACUCGAACCCACCAGCGGCAGAGCAGCCUCCAGCAACAGAAGGAGUUCGAGCAGGAGCUAGCAGAGCAGAAGAGCCUUCUCCGCUCAGUAGCUAGCCGUGGAGAGGAGAUCCUAACCCAGCAUUCCGCAGCAGAGGGCUCAGGUGGCCUUGGUGAAAAACCUGCUGUGUUAUCCCAGGAGUUGGGGAUGGAAGGGACAAAAUCAUUGGCUGAAGACCAGAUGAGAAUGAAAUGGGAAAGCCUACAUCAAGAAUUUAGUACCAAGCAGAAACUACUACAGAAUGUUCUGGAACAGGAACAAGAGCAAGUGCUGUACAGCAGUCAGAACAGACUCCUCACAGGGGUGCCACUGUACAGAGGGGAAGCGCAGACGCAAGACAAGUCUUCGGUGACGUCCUUGCUGGAUGGACUGAACCAGGCCUUCGAGGAGGUGUCAUCACAGGGUGGAGGAGCUAAAGGACAGAAUAUCCACUUGGAGCAGAAGUUGUAUGAUGGGGUCUCGGCCACUUCAACCUGGUUGGAUGACGUUGAAGAACGUUUAUUUGUGACCACAGCGCUUUUGCCAGAAGAAACAGAAGCUUGUCUCUUCAACCAGGAGGCUCUUGCCAAAGACAUUAAGGAAAUGUCCGAAGAAAUGGAUAAGAACAAGAACUUGUUUUCCCAAGCAUUCCCAGAGGAUGGUGACAACCGGGACGUCAUUGAAGACACUCUGGGUUGUCUUUUGGGCAGAUUAUCCUUGCUGGAUUCAGUAGUGGAUCAGCGAUGUCAUCAGAUGAAAGAUAGACUCCAGCAGAUCCUCAAUUUCCAGAAUGACCUGAAGGUGCUGUCUACAUCCUUAGCUGACAACAAAUACAUCAUCCUGCAGAAACUGGCAAAUGUGUUCGAACAACCCAUUGUGGAACAGAUGCAGGCCAUACAACAGGCGGAAGAGGGACUGAGAGAGCUGGACGGGGGAAUCUCAGAGUUGAAGCGUCGCGCUGACAAGUUGCAGGUGGAGCAGCCUGCCCUGCAAGAACUCUCCAAGCUCCAGGACAUGUAUGAUGACCUGUUGGUGACCAUCAGUUCCCGGAGGAGCAACCUCAACCAGAACCUUGCCCUCAAGAGUCAAUAUGACAGGGCCUUGCAAGAUCUGGCAGACCUGCUGGACACUGGACAAGAGAAGAUGGCAGGGGACCAGAAAAUCACGGUGUCCUCCAAAGAAGAAAUCCAACAACUGCUUGACAAGCACAAGGAGUACUUCCAGGGUCUGGAAUCUCAUAUGAUUUUGACUGACACACUCUUCAGAAAGAUCAUCGGCUUCUCCGUUGUGAAGGAAACUCAGCUGCACAGGGACCGCAUGGAUCAGGCAUCUGCUGUGCUGAAACAGGCCCAUAAGAGAGGCGUGGAGCUUGAGUACAUCCUAGAGAUGUGGUCCCAGCUGGAUGAGAGCCGCCAGGAGCUCAGCAGACAGCUGGACGUGGUGGAAAGCAGCAUCCCAAGCGUGGGCCUCGUGGAGGAGAGUGAGGACAGACUUGUGGAAAGGACAAGUCUCUACCAGCAUUUAAAAUCCAGCCUUAAUGAAUACCAGCCCAAAUUGUAUCAAGUGUUGGAUGACGGAAAGCGACUGCUGAUGUCCGCCAGCUGCUCGGAUCUUGAAAGUCAGCUAAAUCAGCUGGGGGAGCGCUGGCUCAGCAACACCAACAAAGUGUCCAAGGAACUCCACAGACUGGAGACCAUACUGAAACACUGGACCAGGUAUCAAAGUGAAUCUACAGAUCUGAUUCAUUGGCUACAGUCUGCAAAGGACAGGCUGGCAUUUUGGACUGAACAAUCUGUGACGGUCCCACAAGAGCUGGAAAUGGUCCGGGAUCAUCUCAAUGCUUUCCUGGAGUUCUCCAAAGAGGUAGAGGCCAAGUCUUCCCUGAAAUCAUCAGUCAUGAGCACUGGAAAUCAACUUCUUCGAUUAAAGAAAGUGGAUACAGCUGCCCUGCGUGCCGAGCUGUCCCGCAUGGACAGCCAGUGGACUGACCUACUGACAAGCAUUCCCGUGGUGCAGGAGAAGCUCCAUCAGCUCCAGAUGGAUAAGCUACCUUCCCGCCAUGCCAUUUCUGAGGUCAUGAGUUGGAUCGCACUCAUGGAAAGUAUCAUCCUGAAGGACGAAGAGGACAUAAAGAAUGCAAUAGGUUACAAGGCGAUCCAUGAGUACCUUCAGAAAUAUAAGGGUUUCAAGAUAGACCUGAACUGCAAGCAGCUGACAGCGGACUUUGUAAACCAGUCAGUGCUGCAGAUCAGCAGUCAGGAUGUGGAGAGCAAGCGCAGCGAUAAGACGGAUUUUGCCGAGCAGCUCGGAGCAAUGAACAAAAGUUGGCAGCUCUUGCAAGGUCGAGUGGGUGAGAAGAUCCAGCUGCUGGAAGGCUUGUUGGAGUCUUGGUCAGAAUAUGAAAACAGUGUACAGUCUCUGAAAGCUUGGUUUGAAAACCAGGAGAAGAAGCUGAAAGAGCAGCAGCAGAUUGGUGACCAGACUUCCGUUCAGAAUGCCUUGAAGGACUGUCAGGAACUGGAAGAUUUGAUUAAAGCAAAAGAAAAGGAAGUAGAGAAAAUUGAGCAGAAUGGACUUGCAUUGAUUCAGAACAAGAAGGAGGAGGCCUCUGGCAGUGUCAUGAGCACAUUGCGGGAACUGAGCCAGACCUGGGCCAGUUUAGACCACAAGGUUGGGCAGUUAAAGAUGCUGCUGACAUCUGUGCUUGGCCAGUGGGGCAGUCACAAAGCAGCCUUUGAUGAGAUCAACAGUCACAUCAUGGAAGCCAGAUACGCUCUGUCUCGAUUCCGUCUGCUGACUGGUUCCUCUGAAGCUGUUCAGGUUCAGGUUGACAAUCUUCAGAAUCUUCAUGAGAGCCUAGAAAAGCAGGAAGAGGGUUUGUCGAAAUUCAGCUCCAUCACCAGCCAGUUAUUGAAGGAGUGUCACCCACCCGUGACAGAAACGCUCUCCAGCACCCUGCAGGAAGUCAACAUGAGAUGGAGUAACUUACUGGAAGAGAUUGCAGAGCAGCUGCACUCCAGCAAGGCCCUCCUUCAGCUCUGGCAGAGAUACAAGGACUACACAAAGCAGUGUGCCUCCGCUGUCCAACAACAAGAGGAUCGAACCAGUGCGCUGUUGAAGGCAGUCACUAACAAGGACAUUGCAGAUGAUGAAGUUACCCAGUGGAUUCAGGAUUGCAAUGACCUUCUCAAGGGACUGGGGACAGUCAAGGACUCGCUCUUCGUCCUCCGCGAGCUAGGAGAGCAGCUGGGGCAACAGGUGGAUGCCUCGGCCGCUGCAGCCAUUCAGUGCGAGCAGCUCUGUUUCAGUCAGCGCCUGUGCAGCCUGGAGCAGGCGCUCUGCAAGCAGCAAGUGGUGUUGCAGGCUGGAGUUGUUGACUAUGAAACAUUUGCCGAGAGCUUAGAAGCCCUAGAGGCCUGGAUCAUGGAAGCCGAGGACAUCCUCCAAGCCCAGGACCCUACGCACUCGUCCGACCUCUCCACUAUCCAGGAAAGGAUGGAAGAACUGAGAGGGCAGAUGCUAAGGUUUAGCAGCAUGGCUCCAGAUUUAGACCGUCUCAAUGAGUUGGGGUACCGGUUACCCUUGAAUGACAAGGAGAUCAAGAGGAUGCAGAACCUGAACCGCCAGUGGUCUCUGACGUCUUCUCAGACCACAGAAAGAUUCAGCAAGCUGCAGUCGUUCUUGCUUCAGCACCAGACUUUCUUGGAAAAGUGUGAGACGUGGAUGGAAUUCCUGGUUCAGACAGAGCAGAAGUUAGCAGUGGAGAUCUCCGGCAACUACCAGCAGCUGCUGGAGCAGCAGAGGGCACAUGAGCUGUUUCAAGCUGAGAUGUUCAGCCGUCAGCAGAUCCUGCACUCCAUCAUUGUUGAUGGGCAGCAUCUUCUAGAACAAGGUCAAGUUGAUGACAGGGACGAGUUCAGCCUGAAGUUGACGCUCCUUAGUAAUCAGUGGCAGGGAGUGAUUCGCAGGGCCCAGCAGAGACGGGGGAUCAUCGACAGCCAGAUUCGCCAGUGGCAGCGCUACAGGGAGAUGGCAGAGAAGCUCCGUAAAUGGCUGGCUGAAGUGUCCUACCUGCCCUUGAGUGGUCUUGGAAGCAUCCCAGUCCCGCUGCAACAAGUGAGGACCCUCUUCGAUGAAGUGCAGUUUAAAGAGAAGGUGUUCCUGCGCCAGCAAGGCAGCUACAUCCUGACAGUGGAGGCAGGCAAACAGCUCCUGCUCUCGGCCGACAGUGGCGCCGAGGCUGCCUUGCAGGCCGAACUCACGGACAUCCAAGAGAAAUGGAAGUCAGCCAGCAUGCAUCUGGAGGAGCAGAAGAAAAAGCUGGCUUUCUUGUUGAAAGACUGGGAAAAAUGUGAGAAUGGGAUAGCUGAUUCUCUGGAGAAGCUACGAACUUUCAAAAAGAAGUUGUCCCAGCCUCUACCAGACCACCAUGAUGAACUCCACACUGAGCAGAUGCGGUGCAAGGAAUUGGAAAACGCCGUUGGGAGGUGGACAGAUGACCUGGCGGAACUCACCCUACUGAGGGAUGCCCUGGCCGUGUACAUCAGUGCCGAGGACGUCUCCAUCCUGAACGAGCGCGUGGAGCUUCUGCAAAGGCAGUGGGAAGAGCUGUGUCACCAAGUCUCCUUAAGACGGCAGCAAGUGAGCGAGCGGCUGAACGAAUGGGCCGUCUUCAGCGAGAAGAACAAGGAGCUCUGUGAGUGGCUGACCCAGAUGGAGGGCAAAGUCUCCCAGAACGGAGACAUCCUCAUUGAAGAGAUGAUAGAAAAGCUCAAGAAGGAUUAUCAAGAGGAAAUUGCUGUUGCCCAAGAGAACAAAAUCCAGCUCCAGCAAAUGGGAGAACGGCUCGCUAAAGCCAGCCACGAGAGCAAAGCCUCCGAGAUUCAGUACAAGCUAGGCAAAGUGAACGACAGGUGGCAGCAUCUCCUGGACCUCAUCGCGGCCAGGGUGAAGAAGCUAAAGGAGACCCUGGUGGCCGUGCAGCAGCUGGAUAAGAACAUGGGCAGUCUGAGGACCUGGCUGGCCCACAUCGAAUCAGAGCUGGCCAAGCCCAUAGUCUACGACUCCUGUAACUCAGAAGAAAUCCAGAGGAAGCUGAGUGAGCAGCAGGAGCUUCAGAGAGACAUCGAGAAACACAGCACAGGUGUUGCCUCCGUCCUCAACUUGUGUGAGGUCCUGCUACAUGACUGCGAUGCCUGUGCCACUGAGGCUGAGUGUGACUCCAUCCAGCAGGCCACUCGGAACCUGGACCGGCGGUGGAGGAACAUCUGUGCGAUGUCCAUGGAAAGGAGACUCAAGAUUGAAGAGACCUGGCGACUGUGGCAGAAGUUUCUGGAUGACUAUUCUCGUUUUGAAGACUGGCUGAAGAUUUCAGAAAGGACAGCUGCGUUCCCCAGUUCUUCUGGGGUUCUGUAUACAGUUGCUAAGGAAGAGCUGAAGAAGUUUGAGGCUUUCCAGCGGCAGGUCCAUGAGAGCCUGACCCAGCUAGAGCUGAUCAACAAACAGUACCGCCGCCUGGCCAGAGAGAAUCGCACUGACUCCGCGUGCAGCCUCAAGCAGAUGGUCCAUGGAGGCAACCAGAGAUGGGAUGACCUACAGAAGCGUGUCGCCUCCAUCCUGCGCAGACUCAAGCAUUUUAUUAGCCAGCGGGAGGAGUUUGAGACUGCACGGGACAGCAUUCUUGUCUGGCUGACAGAGAUGGAUCUACAGCUCACCAAUAUCGAACAUUUUUCCGAAUGCGAUGUUCAAGCUAAAAUAAAGCAACUCAAGGCCUUCCAGCAGGAGAUCUCGCUGAACCACAAUAAGAUCGAGCAGAUCAUUGCCCAGGGGGAGCAGCUGAUCGAGAAGAGCGAGCCCCUGGAUGCAGCCGUCAUCGAGGAGGAGCUAGACGAGCUCCGACGUUACUGCCAGGAGGUCUUCGGACGUGUGGAAAGAUACCACAAGAAGCUGAUCCGCCUGCCCCUACCGGAUGAUGACCAUGACCUCUCAGAUCGAGAGCUAGAUCUCGAAGACUCCACGGCUCUUUCAGACCUACGCUGGCAGGACCCCUCUGCAGAUGGCAUGACCUCCCCACAGCCUUCCUCCAACCCCUCCCUCUCCCUCCCUCAGCCCCUCCGGAGUGAGCGGUCAGGGCGAGACACUCCAGCCAGCGUGGACUCCAUCCCCCUGGAAUGGGACCAUGAUUAUGAUCUCAGUCGGGACCUGGAGUCAGCGUCACGAACUCUGCCCUCAGAAGAUGAAGAGGGCGAGGAAGACAAAGAGUUCUACCUCAGGGGAGCUGUUGGCUUGUCAGGGGAUCCCAGCUCAUUGGAGUCACAGAUGAGGCAGCUGGACAAAGCCCUGGGUGAUGGCCGCUUCCAGAUUCAACAAACUGCAAAUAUCCUCAGAAGCAAAACUCCCACAGGGCCAGACCUGGACACCAGCUACAAGGGCUAUAUGAAGCUGCUGGGUGAAUGCAGCGGGAGCAUAGAUUCCGUGAGGAGGCUAGAGCACAAGCUGGCGGAGGAAGAGAGCGUUCCUGGCUUCGUUAACCUCAACAGCACCGAGACUCAGACAGCCGGUGUGAUUGACCGCUGGGAGCUCCUCCAGGCCCAGGCACUGAGCAAGGAGUUGAGGACGAAGCAGAACCUUCAGAAAUGGCAGCAGUUCAAUUCAGACCUCAAUAACAUCUGGGCCUGGCUAGGUGAGACCGAGGAGGAACUGGACCGGCUCCGGCACCUCGCACUCAGCACCGACAUCCACACCAUCGAGUGUCACAUCAAAAAGCUCAAGGAGCUCCAGAAAGCCGUGGACCACCGCAAAGCCAUCAUCCUCUCCAUCAACCUCUGCAGCUCAGAGUUCACCCAGGGGGACAGUAAGGAGAGCCGCGACCUGCAGGAUCGCUUAUCCCAGAUGAACGGGCGGUGGGACCGAGUGUGCUCCCUGCUGGAGGACUGGCGGGGCCUGCUUCAGGAUGCCCUCAUGCAGUGCCAGGAUUUCCAUGAAAUGAGCCACGCUUUGCUUCUCAUGCUGGAAAACAUCGACAGAAGGAAAAAUGAGAUUGUCCCAAUUGAUUCUACCCUUGACCCAGAGAUACUUCAGGACCGUCACAAACAACUCGUGCAAAUAAAGCAGGAGCUGCUGAAAUCCCAGCUCAGAGUGGCCUCACUGCAAGACUUGUCUCGCCAACUCUUAGUGAAUGCCGAAGGUUCCGAUUGUCUAGAAGCCAAAGAAAAAGUCCAUGUUAUUGGAAACCGGCUCAAACUUCUCUUGAAGGAAGUCAACCAUCAUAUCAAGGAUCUGGAGAAGUUACUGGACAUGUCAAGCAGUCAGCAGGAUUUGUCUUCCUGGUCUUCUGCAGAUGAACUGGACACCUCAGGAUCUGUGAGUCCUACAUCAGGCAGAAGUACCCCAAACAGACAGAAAUCGGUCCACAAAAGGUGGCUGCGAUUCCUCCCCUUCUGAACCCAGGCCAGCACGGGUGGGUCGAGCCUUCCUGUUCCGGGUCCUCAGGGCUGCUCUUCCUCUUCAGCUGCUCCUGCUGCUCCUUAUUG